ACCAGUAACAGGGGCGGAGCGUGGUGCUUCAUUUUGUGGAGAGGAGAGAGCACGGGGCAGCAGCUAUUUCCUGUCUGUUUCAGUUUUGCGUGCCGCCGCUGUUACUAACACUAUGUUUUCUGCCCGCGUGGCUGCCGCCUUUGCUCGCUCCGUACCGCGGCAAGGCGGACUGAUUUCCAGAAAUACCUUGUGUGUAGCAUCUGUUGCUGCAAGAAACAUCCAUGCCUCCAAAACACAUUUUCAGAGAACUGGCACUGCUGAGGUAUCCUCUAUUCUUGAGGAACGCAUUUUGGGAGCCGACACCUCUGCUGAACUUGAGGAAACCGGCCGUGUGCUCUCAAUUGGUGAUGGUAUUGCCCGUGUGUAUGGCCUAAGAAAUGUCCAAGCAGAAGAAAUGGUUGAGUUUUCUUCUGGGCUGAAGGGAAUGUCCUUGAACUUGGAGCCUGACAACGUUGGUGUUGUUGUGUUUGGUAAUGACAGACUGAUCAAAGAAGGGGAUGUUGUGAAGAGAACUGGUGCUAUUGUGGAUGUUCCAGUUGGAGAAGAGCUGCUGGGCCGUGUUGUAGAUGCCCUGGGCAAUCCAAUUGAUGGGAAGAGUUCUUUUACAUCUAAGUCACGUAGAAGAGUUGGCUUAAAGGCCCCUGGCAUCAUUCCCAGAAUCUCUGUGCGGGAACCUAUGCAGACUGGUAUUAAGGCUGUGGACAGCUUGGUGCCCAUUGGUCGUGGCCAGCGUGAGCUGAUCAUUGGUGACAGGCAGACUGGGAAAACUUCAAUUGCAAUUGACACAAUAAUCAACCAAAAACGAUUUAAUGAUGGAGCAGAUGAGAAAAAGAAGUUGUACUGUAUCUAUGUUGCUAUUGGCCAGAAGAGAUCUACUGUUGCUCAGUUGGUGAAGAGGCUCACUGAUGCAGAUGCCAUGAAGUACACAAUUGUGGUGUCUGCCACAGCAUCUGAUGCUGCACCCCUUCAGUAUCUGGCUCCCUACUCAGGCUGCUCCAUGGGGGAAUACUUCAGAGACAAUGGAAAACAUGCAUUGAUCAUCUAUGAUGACUUAUCCAAACAGGCUGUUGCCUAUCGUCAGAUGUCUCUGCUGCUGCGUCGUCCACCUGGCCGUGAAGCCUAUCCAGGUGAUGUGUUCUACCUGCACUCUCGCCUGCUGGAGAGAGCAGCUAAAAUGAACGAUUCUUUUGGAGGAGGCUCUCUGACUGCUUUGCCUGUCAUUGAAACGCAGGCUGGUGAUGUGUCUGCCUACAUUCCAACCAAUGUCAUAUCCAUCACUGAUGGACAGAUCUUCUUGGAAACUGAGCUGUUCUACAAAGGUAUCCGUCCAGCCAUCAAUGUUGGUUUGUCUGUGUCCCGUGUAGGUUCUGCUGCGCAGACCAGGGCAAUGAAACAGGUGGCAGGUACCAUGAAGCUGGAGUUGGCUCAGUACCGUGAAGUAGCUGCCUUUGCUCAGUUUGGGUCUGAUUUGGAUGCUGCCACACAACAACUGCUAAAUCGUGGUGUGCGUCUGACAGAGCUCCUGAAACAAGGACAGUAUGAUGUCUCCGGCAAGACACACCGAGCAGUGGUUCUCUGGUGUGCGACUGCUACACGAUGGCUUAAGGCAGAAAAUAGCAUCCAGCCCUUAUAAUGACUGGGAUUGUGUGCUUCUUACUUAUUGGUAUUGCUUUGUACCUUGUUGUAUUGCAAAUAACAUUAGUAAUGGUAUGACACAGUGGGUGAUUUUCCUGUGUUAUCAGUGCAGUCUCAAGAAUUAGAAUUAUUAGGCAUUAUCUAGGUUGUUGUGUGCUUCUACUGUUUUAGUACUAAAUUGAAUGUGAAUUAGGCAGGAUGUGAUGUUGCCAAUGCUAAAAUCUAUGGGAAUAGCUCUUUUAAUGUAUUAGUAACGCUUGGUUAUGAUGCUAUCAGCCUAUCAAUUAGCUUUUUCUUAACUUGCGAAGACAAAACCUGGAAAGGAAUCCCAGGCAAAGGGAUGACCCUGUAUUAUAGAAUGAUUAACUCACUUUCAUCCCACUAAUUAGGACUUUAAAAAUAUGGCCAUGCAUCACUUGAGACAAAGGCACACAAGCUAACCUUGGUAGCUUGGUAACCUUGGCUCUGUUUUACAAGCAGGUGUUCCACUUGGGCUCUGUAUCAGGCACUGGCCGGUUGAAGAGUGUAGAAUGCUUUGUUGACAUGUAAAGGUGGAUGAGAAAGUUGUAGGGGCAGAUGGGAAAGCUAGAAAAAGAAAACUUGUGAAGGUAUAUAAGUAAUGUGAGAACUUGUAAUAAACGAUUUGUAUCAUUCA